AUGGCGGACAAGCCACCCACGAUUUUCAAGACCCCUUCUGGGGCAACCUUUGUUUCGCGCUUCGACAUCGACGAGCUCCAGAAACACGGCGCUGAGUUUACCGAGGCAGUACGCAUUGUGAGUGCCUCUACUCCUUUAUCUCGGCAGCGUACAUACAUUAGUUGUGCCACGAGCUAACUAUUACUUAGGUCAAAGAAAAUAUUCAAGAUAUCCAACUGGCGGGAAUCCCUGAUAUCCUCCAACAAAUGAACUCUCUCUAGGAGAAACACAAGGCAUGGGAAAAGGAGGUGGAUGUUCUCGAUAUGAAUGAAUGGAGCCGCAGUAUGAUUGGAAUACCUGGAUGGUUGAAAAAAUUCGUUUGGACGAGCACCCAGAGGCAUCUGCAGUUGAUCAAUUAUGUGCUUCCGAGAAGGCACAAUUUGAUCGACUCAGAGAGGAACUGGAUCAGCGUUGCACCAUCUUCCGCAUCUAUAAUAACACUUCGGACCCGGUAAGCAAUUCUCGUUUUCUUCCCGAACUUGCACUUGAUACCCGGAAAAAGCUUUCACCUUCUUCUCUGCUAUUGACUCAGGUCUCGAGAAAAAGAUAUGUGCUAAUAUUUGACAGUGGCGUGGAUUUGAGCACCUUAUAGUUCAGGUAGAAAAAUGAAGUGCACAGAAGCGACCACAUGACAAGAGUCUCUCUGAUACAAACGAGCCUCAGGAGUCCAAUGUCGAAAACCUUACGAAGAUGCGAAGAGAGCACUCGCCGGAUGCAGCAGCCGGGUUGACUGUAUUCCCCUUGACGCGAGAACGCCUCGUACAGAAUGACAACAUGACUUCCCAACCAGCGUAGACAGGUCGCUUAGUUGCUAGCCAGAAAGCAAUUGAGGAAAUGAAGACGAUGAUGCACGAGAAGUCCACAAAAAUUGAAAACUUCAAAUUAAAUACAACACUGCCAAGGAGGAUGCGAUCUACAAGAAAAAAAGGGUGCUCUUGCUCGAAGCCCAGGUGAAGCAUAUGCAGGAGGCGAGAGAACGAGAGAAAAAGACCAUGAAAGAAGAGCUCUCCGCACUGAAUAAUCUUACGUACAGUCAGCAGGUGACGGCAAAAGAUUCCGAGGCGCAACUUGAGUUGUUCAGAAUACAAUCUGAAACGUGUAAGCACGAAAAAGAAAAGGCGGUUUCUGGACUGGAGAACUUCAAGGAAUCUCACAACAAAAAGGUCCGUGAUUUGGAAAAGAAAGCCCAAUCAUUGGAGAGACAACUGGAAAAGAACACCGAAGAAAACAGUGCGAAAGUUGAAGGUUUAGAAGCAGAGUUGAAGAAAUCAGAAGGCAGAUCGCGUGAUUUGGAAUAUGAUCAACUCGGUAUGCAGAGAGCCCAUGACGAAGAGAUGCUGCGUACUCUGCAAAAAUUGCAGGCAGAAAAGGAGCAGGCCCUAGAGAUUGCGGAAUCAAAACACAACAACGAAUAUUCG